CAUGGAGAUAAAACAGCGAAGUUAAUGACCAGCUACAAGCAGUGUUGCUAACAGUCCGUAGCAUUGAUUCAUUCGCUGCUCAAUUCUGUCACGCAUUUUCAUCAUGAAGUUCUUAAGUUAGACAACAGUUAGCUGUUCUGCUUGAUACUUCCGUCAAAUAUGUUUACUUGUCUUGUUAGUUGUAAAACUUCCUGUUUCAUAAAAACAAACGCGAGCAAGAACAGAAUAGAGUUUUGAUGCUAAAGCUAAUUCUGCUUAAUUCUGAGUGUUCCUCAAGAUAUGUGUGAGGUCCUCAGUGAUGGUGGACCUCAUACAUAGGUCCACCAUCACUGAGGACCUCAGUGAUGGUGGUUCCUAGGAAGCAGAAGGAGUCUACGAUAGGAAUGGGUGAACCAGCCAACAUGAGAGGGGACAGAGAAACUGUGACUCUCCUGAAGUCUAUGACCAUCUCCACUGUCUUCUGGGCGUUGAGCUCCAGGUUGUUGUGGCUGCACCAGGACACCAGCCGCUCCACCUCCCUGCUGUAAGCCGACUCAUCUCCAUCUGAGAUGAGCCCGAUGAUGGUGGCGUCAUCCGCAGACUUGAUCAGCUUCACGGACUGGUGGCUGGAGGUGCAGCAGUUAGUGUACAGAGAGAAGAGCCAUGGAGAGAGAACACAGCCCUGAGGGGACCCGAUGUUGAGGGUCCGAGUGUCGGAGACAGUCGUCCCCAGCCGCACACGCUGACUCCAACUACAAUGAGUCCAGAGCGAGACCACGCCUCCCUCCUUUCACUUGUCACUGCAUCUAUGAACAGUGAGCUGUCUGCACUGGACUGCGUGGGGGGUGAGACGAGCUCCUCACACUGCCAGCACAGGGGGAUCGGAUCGGAACAGACGGGCAGGAAUAGAUGGUUCUGGACCGGCCGGAAACAGGUUGAGUGCGGAAGUCGCUGAGCGUGUGUUGCUGCAAGGAUCUCGGCAGGAGACGCCGCCGCCGCGAUAUGGCGAAGGAGGGGCUCGCCACCUCACUUCUUCUCCUCCUGGUCAUGGGAGAAGUCAUGCUGGCAGCUCAAGGGUCAAGCUUCCUGUCCGGAUAUCGCACCAGGUCUCGCCUACAAAGAGAUCGGCAUUUCCGGAACGUGCGACCCAACAUCAUCCUCAUCCUCACCGACGAUCAGGACAUAGAAUUAGGCUCAAUGCAGGCCAUGAACAAGACACGCCAUAUAAUGGAGAAGGGCGGCACGCAUUUUUCCAACGCCUUCUCCACGACGCCCAUGUGCUGUCCGUCCCGCUCUUCCAUUCUGACUGGGAAAUAUGUGCACAACCAUCAUACCUACACCAACAAUGAGAACUGCUCCUCGCCAUCCUGGCAGGCCCAUCACGAGCCUCACACCUUCGCCGUACACCUCAACAACUCCGGCUACAGGACCGCUUUUUUUGGGAAGUACCUGAACGAGUACAACGGCUCAUAUGUUCCUCCUGGCUGGAAGGAAUGGGUCGCUCUGGUGAAGAACUCUCGCUUCUACAACUACACACUGUGUCGGAAUGGAGUCAGAGAGAAACACAGCAGUGACUACUCAAAGGACUAUCUAACCGACGUCAUCACCAACAACAGCAUCAACUACUUCAGGAUGUCCAAGAGAAUGUACCCGAACCGUCCAGUGAUGAUGGUGCUGAGUCACGUGGCACCACAUGGGCCAGAGGACUCUGCGCCGCAGUACAGCUCAGCGUUUCCCAACGCAUCGCAACACAUAACUCCCAGCUAUAACUACGCCCCCAACCCAGACAAGCACUGGAUCCUGCGCUACACGGGACCAAUGAAGCCCGUGCACAUGCAGUUCACCAACAUGCUGCAGCGUCGGAGGAUGCAGACUCUUCUCUCUGUGGACGACAGUAUGGAGAGAGUGUACAACAUGUUGAUAGAGACAGGAGAACUCGACAACACUUAUCUCAUCUACACUUCGGACCACGGAUACCAUAUUGGCCAGUUUGGUUUGGUGAAGGGAAAAUCAAUGCCUUACGAGUUUGAUAUCCGCGUCCCUUUCUAUGUUCGAGGACCGAGCGUGGAGCAGGGAGCAAUAAACCCAAAUGUAGUGCUGAACAUCGACUUGGCCCCGACUCUGCUGGACAUGGCUGGCGUUGAUAUCCCCGCAGAGAUGGAUGGCAAGUCCAUCCUCAAGCUGCUGGACACCGACAAGCCAGUCAACAGGUUCCAGAUAAACAGGAAAGUGAAAACCUGGAGAGACUCCUUCCUGGUGGAGCGAGGGAAGCUUCCGCACAAGAGGGCCGAUGGGAAGGAAAUGGCUCAGGAGGAGAACUUCCUGCCAAAGUACCAGCGGGUGAAAGACCUCUGCCAGAAGGCGGAGUACCAGACGUCCUGUCAGCAGCCGGGACAGAAGUGGCAGUGUGUGGAGGACCCUACUGGAAAGCUUCGGCUCUACAAGUGUAAAGGCAUGGCCGGCCUCUUCGCCCCGAGGAUGCAAGCUCUGAUGGCCGCCGCUCCUCAAAUGCUGCCAGUCUCCAACUUUGAUAACUGCAACUGCAGGGAUGACAGCUUCAAAGCACCCCUUCUUAAGCGUAAGAAAGUCUUCCCCAAGAAGAAGGUAAAGUCCAGCAAGGGUGCGACCAGAAAGCGCUGGGCCCGCUCCGUAUCAUUCGAGCUGGACGGAGACUUGUACGCAGUGGAUCUGGAGGAAGGUUACCGACCCAUCCACUCCAGAAACAGCAGCUGGACCAGAGACAAGACGAGACCUCUGAGCAACCGCCAUGACGUGGAUGAGUUCAGUGGAAUGGGAAUGACCUCCAACAGCAAACUCUCUCCAUCCGAAGCUCUCAAGGUCACAUACAGGUGUUCCAUUCUGAUGAAUGACACCGUGAAGUGCGACGGUGGCAUCUACAAAUCCCUGCAAGCCUGGAAGGACCACAAACUGCACAUUGAGCAUGAGAUUGAAACUUUACAGUCAAAGAUAAAGAACCUUCGCGAGGUUAAAGGUCACCUGAAAAAGGUCAGACCUGAGGAAUGUCAGUGUAACACUCCCAGGGCUCUGAUGAAGAACAAAGAGGCGUUCAUGCUCAGUGCCAGUAGCAUGAACACGCUCAGGAUGCCGUCAAAGCAGAAGAGCCAGUGGCUGCAGAAGGAGCAGAAGCGCAGGAAGAAGCUGCGAAAAUUCCUGAAAAGGCUCCAGAACAACGACACAUGCAGCAUGCCCGGCCUCACCUGCUUCACCCACGACAACCACCACUGGCAGACCGCCCCCCUGUGGACAAUGGGUCCAUUCUGUGCAUGCACCAGCGCCAACAACAACACAUACUGGUGCCUGAGGACCAUCAACGACACGCACAACUUCCUCUUCUGUGAAUUUGCCACCGGCUUCCUGGAGUAUUUCGACCUAAACACUGACCCUUACCAGCUGAUAAACGCCGUCAGCACCCUUGACCGCAACGCCCUCAACUCAAUGCACCAGCAGCUCAUGGACCUGAGGAGCUGCAAAGGACACAAGCAGUGCAACCCGGAGAAGAGGGGGAAGGAGCGGAACUACCUCAGCGACUACAGGCCAGUUCAUCGUCGAAAGAGGCCAAAAGUGAAGAAGCCUUCCUCCAAAUCGCUAGGACAAAUUUGGGAGGGCUGGGUGGGCUAACCUGCCGCUCACAACCAACUCUUUUCGGAGGAUGAAGCACUGAAGAACUCUUGGACCCGAAACACUCUGAUGGACCACAGUUCUCUUGGAGACAAGAUGUGCCUCAUCCAGGCAUGAGAGAAGCUCAGAAGACUGUACUUUGCACACAUUUCCACUCCAGCUUUGACCACCAACAGGAUGCUGUGACUCCAUCUCACUGCUUGUAUAUCAGCCUCCGUUCACCGUCUGUACGUGGCAGCUGCACAAUGAAGUCACGGGUGUCUCCCUAGCACCUGCAGUAGGAUCCAUGGCAGUGACUUUCUACUCUUGGCAGAAGCAAGACUGAAACUGUAACACAACUUUUGUACAUUAGUCAGCGCUGACCCAGAGGAAUGUCGAUCGAAACAUGGGUCACGUGUCAGUCCGUUGCAUCGUCCUAUUCCUCCGUCGUACUGUGAGACCACGCGAACCUUCCCAACAGUUUGUCCAGCUUGGUGCUAGAGGAUCACGAGUCCGAGGAGCCCCCUCGCUGUACAGUGCAGUAUGUCUCUGAAUGUAUGUGGUGCAAUUAAUAUAAAUGUUUACAAUAUUUUUUUAUAAUACCGAAGAGGCGGACCUCAAUGUAUCAUAAGAGCUGGCACAAAUGAACUUUUACGUGAGCGUUCCAUCACAUCCUUGUCCCUCGAUGGAAGAGCACUUCAAGAGUUCACUGUGGGAAGAGGAGACGAUCCGUGUACAUGUUUGACUGGGCCGGCAGACCAACACCAACAACGUCAUCGAUGUGAUUUUAGUACCCUGACUUUGUUAGCUUGAGUUUUUAGAUGCAUAGACUGAGUAGUGACUGUGAAUAAAAAGAUUAAACUUGUCUUUGUGAGGCUG